AUAACUAACGCCACCAUGUCGGUGCUGUCUCUGGCCGUUCUCCUGUUUUUCAGAGGCUCUACUUUCUAUGCCGCAGCCGACUGUGAAGUGUGUGUGAGCUUCCUCCACAGAUUGUAUGGCAGCCUGAACUCAGCCCACACAGAACUCACCCCGGCCCUGGUGGAGGAGGAGCUGCUCCGGGCAUGCACCGUGGCUCAUGGGAAGGAAGCCAGGCUGUGCUACUACCUCGGAGCCAGUAGUGAUUCAGCGACACGUGUCACAGCAUCAGUGUCCCGCCCGCUGGCCUCUCACGUCCCCGUUGAGAAGAUCUGUCAGCGCAUGAGCAGCACAGACACACAAAUCUGUCAGCUCAGUCAUGAGCCUCAGCUGAAGGAUCUGAGCAGCGAUGGACUGAAGAAGCUGAGAGUUUUGGAGCUGAGGAACAUCUUAGCCUCAUGGGGGGAGGAAUGUCGAGGCUGCCUGGAGAAACACGAGUUUGUCAGCCUCAUCCAGGAGAAGGCCCUGCUGCACGCUCACACUGUGGAACUAUGAGUCGCAAUUAUCUGUCUUUUCCACCCGCACAGUAAAUAAGACACAAACUUGCGUAUUCUUCAGUAUUAACUUACACAGACUCGACUUUGUUAUCCAAAUAACAAAAUAUAUUCAAAUUGAGGAUUUUCGCCCUCUUAGUUUGGGCCUGAU